UUAAUAGCAAAUUGACUAUCUCGAAUAGGGUUGAUAAAAAUCAAAAUGACUCUAGAAAACAUCAAGCUUAUCUACUUCGAUGGCAGAAGUCGUGCUGAGGUGAUACGGUUAAUGCUGGCAGCAGCAGACGUCAAGUACGAGGACAUCAGAUACAUUUUUCAGAGAUGGCCCGCCGAGAAAUCAAAAAUGCCUUUUGGGCAACUACCAGUACUAAAUAUAGAUGGCAAAAUGUUUGGCCAGAGCCUUGCAAUAGCAGCUUACAUUGCCAAGGAAGCAGAAUUUUAUCCUAAAAGUAAUCUUGAUGGGUUAAAAGUGGAUCAAGUAGUUCAGCUGGCAGUUGACUUUCAAACAGUAGCAAUGACAGCUUUGUUUCACAAAGAUGAAGCUAAAAAGAGUGAGCUUGAGAAAGAGCUCAAGGAAGUAGAAGUGCUCAAGUACUUAGACUUUUUUGAAAAAAAUGUGAAAGAAUCUGGAACCGGAUAUUUUGUUGGUACAACGUUAACACUUGCAGACUACUUCAUCUAUGAUAUAAUCUCUGUGACUAUAGACAGAGGAGUCCUCAGCACUUCCAAACAUCCGUUAGCGGAUGGGUUAGUUAAGAAAGUUGAAAGUAAUGCUAAUGUAAAAACUUACCUGGCAAACAGAAAGAAGACUGAUUUUUAA